GAAUGUUUAUGCACACCCCGCACACGCUCAGGUAUGCUGCAACCUGCCUCCUCUUAUUCUCCACCACAUGUGUCGAUCUGAGACCUCACGAAAGGCACCGAAAAUGGUUGCAGCUUGAAGCUGUGAAGAGAGGGAUCCUGGAUUACCUGGGAUUGGAGCAGCCCCCCGUGAUCAGCAGGAGUGUGAGUAGGGAGGAGGAGGAGAGGAUGUACCAGCUCUUCCUGCGGAACAGCAGCAGCAGCAAACUGGGGCGUUCGGCCGAACCUGUCACAACACUUCAUGUCAUUCCUGUGCUGGUUGAAGGAACUGGAGAGAGCGGAGUGACAUCUUCGAAAGAGGGAGACUUUGAUCAGAGACUCACUUUCUGCUUCUCCAACAGUUCGGACAUUUAUCCAGGUUUGAGGGUUGUCCGGGCUGAAUUAAAACUCUUCAAACGUCUCCUCAUUAGCAAGUCCCUCAGGAGGUUAAGUUCCAGUUCCAGGAGAUGGGUUAAAGUGUAUGAGAUAUUGGAGCCCACCAGCCCAGGUGGAGAACUUGCUUAUCAGCUGCUGGAUUCCAAGGCUCUGGGCCCUUGGCCCACCGUCAAUGUCAGCCUCAAUGUCCGGCCACUGAUUGAGCGCUGGAUGGGCAGUGGUCAGCAACAGGUCCGAGUGCAGCUCCGGUUCCACCCUCCCCAUCCUGAUAAUCCGGUGCUCGAUCUGGGCUCUGACACCAGGGAUUACCUCAGCUUGGAGGUUGAGACCCAGGAGGUGCCAAGUGCCACGAGGGAGCGGCGCGCUGCCAGCUCCGGGGAGGACUGUCGGAGGAGGCAGAAGAAUUGCUGCCGCAAAUCUCUCAGGGUGUCGUUUAAGGAGAUCGGAUGGAGUGACUGGAUCAGGGCUCCCGAGUCCUAUAACAUGUACAACUGCGGAGGCACCUGUCCGGCAAACUACAAGCCAGCCAACAUGCACGCCAUGAUUAAAUCCGCCAUGCACCAGCUGUCCGGAGGAGCCAGUCCAGCACUCUGCUGUAUUCCUGCAGCCUACGAACCCAUGACUCUGCUGCAUUAUAGCAGCGAGGGCACACUCACACUCACCGCCUUCGAGGGGAUGAUCGUCACCAAUUGUCACUGCUCUUAAUCUCCUUCCGAGUCCACCAGCUUCCCAUCUCUCCAACUCACCCUUCAAUGUCUGUCAGCACACCAUUAAGUGGCUGUCAAAGUCCAGCUCACUGCCAAGUCCAUCACUGGACAGUUCAAUAUCCAAUGUCCAUCUCACUGCCAAGUCCGUCACUGGACAGUCCAAUAUCCAAUGUCCAUCUCACUGCCAAGUCCAUCACUAGACAGUUCAAUAUCCAAUGUCCAUCUCACUGCCAAAUCCAUCACUGGACAGUCCAAUAUCCAAUGUCCAUCUCACUGCCAAGUCCGUCACUGGACAGUCCAAUAUCCAAUGCCCAGCAUACUGCCAAGUCCAUCACUAGACAGUUCAAUAUCCAAUGUCCAUCUCACUGCCAAGUCCAUCACUGGACAGUCCAAUAUCCAAUGCCCAGCAUACUGCCCAGUGCCUAACUCAAUGCCUAGAUCACCACUAAAAGCUAAGUGCCCAGUCCAGAAUCCAUUAGUUCACUGUCAAGCUGAGUGCCCACUGUCCUUUCAAAGAGAUGAAAGGUUAGCUUUAUUUGGCACAUGUGUAUCGAAACACAGUGAUAAGGAUCAUUUGUGCCAAUGACCAACAUACCUGAGGAUGUGUUAGGGACAGCCCACAAGGAUCGCUCCUUCGUAACAUGCCCACAACUUACUAACCCUAACCUGUAUGCAUAUGGACUGUGGGAGGAAAUCAGAACACCUGGAUGAAAUCCACACGGCUGCGGGGAGAGCGUGCAAACUCCUUACAGAAAGCAGCGGGGUUUCAAUCCCGAUCGAUUUUACAACUGGCACUGUAAAGCAUUGCGCCAGCUGUAUGUUACCAUGCCACCUAACGUCCAGUGCCCAACUCACUGUCCAGGACUGUCAGUAUCCAGUCCCAAAUAUUUAACUCCAUCUCAGCUAACUAACUACCUGUCCAAACUGUGGGUAAAGGGACCGAUUGGGGUCAAUCCUAGACUCAUCGAGCCAUGUAACUAGUGACAGGCCCUUCGGCCCCCACACCCACGCUAACAUUUUUGCCCAUCUAUUCUAUUUUCCUUUGCCCACAUUAGGGCCAUGUCUUUCUAAGCCUUCCUUAUAGUGGUGUCUUAAAUUCUGUAAUUGUAUCUGAUUCCUUUGGCAAUCCCUUCCCGACAUCAGCCACCCUAUGCGAAAUAAAACCUUCUCCCAGAUCCCCCUUUCAAACCCCUUCCUCCUGCCUCCUCUUGCGUUUGAAACUUCAGCCAUGGGGCCGGAUAAUGACGACCAUCCCCCCUAUCGGCACGUUUAUUUUCCACAUACACAUUGAAACGGUUCGCCUGUGUCAGCGACCGAUCAGUCUGAGGGUGUGCUUGGCCUGCCCCGAAGUGUUGCCACACUUCAAAGAUCAAAGUCCAGUCAGUAUCAAUGCAUGCUAUGUACAACCUUGAGACCUGUCUCCUUACAGUCAGUCAGAAAACAAAAAGACCCAAAAGAACCUGGAGAAAAAACGGUUCUAACACAGCACGCCCACAACUUAGUAACCCAUACAUUUGCUAGUGGGAAGACACUUGAGCAUCCAAAGGAGAUCCAUGUGGUCGCAGGGAGAAGGUACAAACUUCGGGGCAACGGUGGGAAUUUAACCUGCAGGUGCUGUAAACCAUUAUGCUAACCACUAUGCUGCUGUGCCACCCCUCAUUAAUUUACAUACUGCUAACAGGUCACCCCCUCCGCCACCCCAGUCUCCCUUGUUCCAGCCUAUCCAAUCUCUCCUGAUAACUUCUCUAAACCCAGCAAUAUCUCUUUGGGACACUUAAACCACCCAAAAAUAACCCAUUUGAUUGGUCUUUCAAUCAUCUUACAGAUGAUUGGCUGCAAGGCUUUACCACAUAAC